AUGUCAUCACCAAUAUCCAACACGGAUAUGCGCGAACGCGCUGAGAAGGAGGAACAACAACACACUGCACAUCGUGAUGGUCACGACCUUUCAUCGUCUUCGUCAUUAGGCGAACAGACCAGCGAGAAAGCGGAAGUCGACAGCGCUCAGCAUGAUAGCUCACCAACAGCUGCUCCCCCAGCUGCCGCUGCAGGUCCUCCCAAGGGCCCGCCAUUGCCGCCAGGCGUGUCGCCUCCGCCAAAUGGAGGUUUGACGGCAUGGCUACAAGUGCUGGGAUCUUGGAUGUUGUUCUUCAAUACCUGGGGUAUUCUGAACACCUUCGGCGUCUACCAAACCUACUAUGAAUCCGGCGCAUUAUUCAACGAAACAUCCUCCAACAUCUCAUGGAUCGGCGCCAUUCAAGCCUUCCUCGUGCUUCUGGUCGGCACCUUCACCGGCCCACUCUACGACCGUGGCUACUUCCGCCUCCUCUUAGUCGUGGGCGCUUUUGGCGUCGUUUUUGGGCACAUGAUGCUCUCCCUUUGUCACGAAUUCUGGCAGGUCAUUCUCGCUCAAGGCUUCGUCAUCGGCCUGGGCGCCGGUUGCCUGUUCACACCCGCCGUCGCGAUCAUGCCCAGUUGGUUCUCGUCCAAGAUCGGCCUGGCGAUCGGUCUGGCCGCCAGCGGCAGUUCGACCGGUGGUAUCCUCUACCCAAUUGCGUUCUAUCGCCUGAUCGACCAGAUCGGCUUCGGCUGGUCGGUGCGUGUGCUAGGCUUUAUCGCACUCGGGACGCUAAUGGUGCCUCUGGCGGUCAUGAAAAUGCGCUUCAAGCCGCCAAGGGCACGCGAUCUGAUUGAUUGGACAGCGUUCAGGGAUGUACCGUACAUGACCUUCGUGGCCGGAGCGCUAAUUGGGUACAUCGGCUUGUAUGUCGCAUUCUUCUACAUCAGCUUCUACGGCCAGCAGCAACGGAUCACGAGCGACAGCAUGAGCUUCUACCUGGUACCGAUCCUGAAUGCUGGCAGCGUCUUUGGAAGGACUCUGCCGAAUUGGUUGAGCGACUACACGGGGCCGUUGAACACGGUCAUUCCUGGCGCUCUGAUCACCGGCACUCUCAUCCUCACACUCAUUGCCGUGCAUUCUUCCGCAGCCCUCAUCGUCGAAGCCGUGCUCUUGGGCUUCUUUUCCGGAAUCUAUAUUGCAUUGCCGCCCGUCAUCUUUGUCUCCUUGACACCUGACAAAUCCAGAAUCGGCACGCGAAUUGGCAUGGGAAUGGGCAUGUUGAGUCUUGGCGUGCUUGCAGGCGGCCCUGGUGGCGGCGGUAUCCUGCAGAGAAAGGGGCUCGAGAACUUGGACUGGACGGGCGCAUGGGUCUACGGUGGCGUGUGCACCAUUGCCAGUGGGUGCUUGUUCUGUGUGGUACGAUUCAUGAGAGCUGGCGUGAAGAUAAAGAAGGUCUGA